AUGUUGUCUCGAAAUCUCGCGUUGCCUCGCAUAGCUGUUCGUUCUCUGAGAACGUCGGCUCCACUUGCCAGUGGCCACCACAUCGAACAUUGGUGGGGUCCUGAGAAAGCAGCUGGACGCGAGCUUGUUGGAUUUGGAGUCUCAGGAGAUAACAUUUAUUCCGAUCGCUUGGACUACUGGUAUCCUGCCAUCAGGUUCCGCAAGGAGGAUGAUAUCAUCGCGCCAAUCAGAAAGAAGGAACAAGGUGAUUGGAAGAAUCUCUCCCUCGAGGACAAGAAACUCUGUGAGUCACUGAAUUCUAAUCUGGGGGAUUUUGCUCGUUUUUAUUUCUCUUUUUUACUUAGAUUCUGUUCUUCUCGGUCUUUUACUAUUUGUUUACGGGUUUUAUGA